AUGGCCAUUUUCGGUGAGUUGCUGGCAACUCUGAAAGAUCAUCAUGGCCCCAACACCCAGUUCCAGGUGAUCUAUGAAGACUUGGAAAUGAACGAUUUCAAUUCCCUCUUCAAACGUAUGUCAGGAAUCAUCCCUGAUCCACCGUCCUACCUCCAGGAAAUGGACAAUGUCUAUGUUCUUGCCUCAGGGACAAACUUCUACAAGCAGUGUGUACCUUCAAACUCAAUGCAUUUCAUGAUGUCAAUGACGUCUGUCCAUUGGUUGUCAAGGACUGCAACCACCUUCAAAGACUCAAUUUACAAAGAUGCCAAGAGUAGUACUGAGGAGACGGCUGCACUAAACAAGCAAGCGGAGUUGGACUGGGAGAUGUUUUUACUGAGAAGAAGUAGAGAACUGAAACGGGGAGGCUUACUUGUCGUAGAUUCCCGAUCACUGGAGGAGAAGGAGCAGAUAGUUGAUGGGCUGUACGACGACGUGAAGAAACGUCUUUCAAGGAUGAACCCUGAAAUAUUCAAGGACGAUUUGAGAUUUAUAUAUCUCGUGAUCAGAAAAGAAUAA